UCGCCACUAUGGCCUUUGCACUCACCCAUGCGGUACAAGUUUUGCCUCUGGCAUCCGUGUCCUGACGUCCAGAACUUUACCAACGAUGGCAAGCCACCUUUCAGUUCUUUUGCCACAAUAUCUCUGAUGCACUCAAUCGUCGACAGAUUCCCACCACAUCGCCAACCUGCUGCAAGGACCGAUGCACUUCGCGAUGCUCCUCAACGAGUGUGGGACUGGCAAAACGUUUACGGCAGCGCUGGCGCUGUCAUUUGUCAUACAUUCCAAUAUUAUGAGGACGAACGUACACCCGGGGUCCGUACUGAACGGCGAGCAGGUAUACAAGCCGUCCAUCAUGUUCAUGCCGGCCGCCACCGUGAACCAGGCAUUCAACGAGCUGACGACUCUUUGGAGGGGCGUCUUGGACGUCUACUGCUUGUAUCAUUCGCGAGACAAUUGCACGAAUCCGGAACGCAAGCUUCGGACCCUUGACAAUGCGAGUGAGAUGCAGAAUCUCAUGGAUAAGCUGGCAAAUGAGCAUCUAUCACCGAAGACCGCACGAGUCAUCAUCCUCACCUCCUAUGCAACCAGAAUCAGCCGGAUCUCCAAGGCGAAGAAAGGCAUUGCUAUCAACAGUUCACAAAUCUCCCGGAUGUGGGACCCCGAUGCUCAAGUUUCGGACGAAGAACUCCUCACGCGAGAAGAGGAACGACUGAUCAACGAUUCACCUGAAGACGGGAUCCCUUACGGAUUAGGUUUAGAGUUAGGGACCAAGUCCUGCCUUUCUUUGUCGCGCGCCAUGGUUGCCGGCAAGGUCCUACCCCGUCCACUUGUGGAAUCCUAAGCCAUUCGACACCUACGCGACCAUGCAACAACAUAGCACGAAAGUCUCGCUUCACGGCGCAAAGAACAUUUUCGGCUAAUUCUCCAGCCGGGUUUGCCACCAAGAAAAAGGCCGUUGAAGAAAAUAUAAAGGAGUCUGAAGAGUACCGGCUGCUGUGAACGAAACAGUUAUAUCGAAGCCGGCAGAGCAGUCUGUUGAGCAACGGCCUUGCCGCAGAUUCACACUCAAGACACAAAGAAACCAAGAUGAACUCCCGAACCAGUCGCACCCGUCGGCAAUCGGAAACCACAGACAA